UUGCAGAACCGAUUUACGUUAGUGAAGAACCGAUCAAGAGCUGCUUCCUAAACUCUACUCAUCUGAAAGCCUUUACCCACAGAAAAAAAUAUGAGGCAAAAAAUCGGACGCUAACCCAUAGUCGAACGAUAUUUAAGCGUCUGUUUACAUUUUUAUUGUAACUCGACGAGCGCUAAGUUCUGCUAGCCAUUAUCAUCUGUGAUUCAGAGAGCGUCCACCUAGUAGUAGCAAGUUUAUGCGUUCUUUUUGGUCGAGAAUGUGGGAAUUGCAAAUAUGCUUUUGCUAUAGCAAAUAAAUAUUGUACAGGAGUUGAAGAUUUCAGUGUAUAAUGGUGUUCUAAAGAGAUGAGCUCCUUAGCUACUCAGCUACGAGCACGAGGCAACGAACCCGAGUCCAAGAAAAACUACAAAUAAAACUACAAGGUCCAGAGUGCGCUUCGGUUCGUGUUGCCGGGAUACUGGACACACCUGUUGCUAGAGCGCCUCUCGCUCCCGUGCAACUUUUCCCGAGGGGACAUAAGGAAGGUGGAAGAGGAUGGAAUGGAAAAGCAGCCCGACUCAGUCUCUUCCCAGUGCCUUUCCCGACAAAGAAGAUAACGCGGUGGAAAAAACCGUGGCAGAGGAAGCCAUGGAUUCCAUGAUGGAAGAUGAAGAGGCUGUGUGCGCGCGGAGCGGAGCGGAUUCGUGCGGAGCGCGAGACUCAGACUAUUUAACGGCUGGGAGUCGUUCGGGGCAAAGGCGGGAGUCCGGGACGAGCGAGGACACUGACGAGCGGUCACUCCCCCUGGUGGAGCUGUUCCCCUACAUCUGCUGCACCCUGUGCAAUGGCUUUUUUAUUGAUGCCACCACAAUCACCGAGUGUCUGCACACCUUCUGUAAGAGCUGCAUCGUCAAGCACUUCUUUUACAGCAACAGAUGUCCGAAUUGCAAUGUCGUUGUACAUCAGACACAGCCACUCUACAACAUCAGGCUUGACAGACAGCUCCAAGACAUUGUCUAUAAGAUGGUCCCAAACCUGGAAGAAAAGGAAAGGGAGCGAAUGCAUGAUUUUUAUAAAGAAAGAGGACUAGAAGUGCCAAAACCAGUAGCUCCCACAUCGAUGACUGCAGCAAAGCCCAGCAAACAGAAGAGGGGCCCUCUUCCGCAGUCUGUGUUCACCAUCCCAUCAGAGCUGGAUGUGUCUCUCAUGUUGGAGUUUGUGGGAGCUGAAGAAGGCAUUAAUAACUACAAGCCACUCGAGCGGAAGUAUGUGAGAGUGUCUGGUGAGGCUACCAUUCGCCACGUUGAGCUCUUCAUCAGGAGGAAAAUGGAGUUGAACAACUCCUGCCAGGUGGAUGUAGUGUGUGGGGACCAUAUUUUGGAUCGAUACCAAUCACUGCGGGAGGUACAGAAUUUCAUGGGGGAAAGUGCCCUUCAGGAUGGACUCCUUGUUCUGCACUUCGGCCUUGUUCAGUCACCCCGGGCGUGAAGGGCAGCGAGUGUCUGCUGUAAUGCACCACUGUAACGUCUGACACUGUCGAGUCAUGCCUGUCCGCUCUCAUAUCUGCAUUUUUUCUGAAGACGUGGUCUGCGAGAGUAUGACUGCAGUAGGAUUCAUUGAACACAAAAAUGCUAUAGUUUAGCUGUUUGCUGAAUUUAGUCUUUUAGCCAACUGAAUGUUGUUUUCCCCCCACUGUAAAAAAAAAAAUCCAUGAUUCUACUAGAUUUUUUUUUUUUUUUUUUUCCCCCCCUCUUUUCAGAAGACAAGGAAUGCUAGGUCUGUGUAUGCUGUAACCAAAUAAAACAAAUGAAUUUGCUUGCUUAUAGGGCUCAUUCUUCUUUAGUAUACAUUUGUCAUGAUUUUUGUUUUCUGAUUCAUUUUUAAAUUGAGAAGGACUACCAUCCUGAUAACGGUUGAUCAUUUUUUUAAAAUUGUCAAGCACAUGUAUAGUUAAACGAGAGUGCUACAUUGCAUUUUGAAUUAUUUCUCGCGGGGGGUUGUUAAAAUAAAAUGCAUUUUAUCCACUGUGAAAGGUUAUUCACACCUUGAAGGUGUCUUGAGUCAGGUAAUAUGCUGUAAGUGAAUGAAAAAUGUGCAUUUACAGAAAUUCAGGGUUCUGUAUAACUGCCGUUGACCUAUAGCAGUCUGUUUGGUUCAGGGAUUGUCAGUACGCAAACAAAGAAAACAAUAUGCAAACAUUUGAUAUGCCAUUGGCUUUUCCCUUUGAAUUUGUGGUUUCUAUAGCAAGUCCUAGAAGUCUUAGUGUUUGUACCGAUCUUUACAAGAAACACUGAACAGUAAGAGCUGAGCAAUGUUGGUACCUCAUUGUUUUAAAUGUGAUGUAUGGAUGACUGGAUGUGUAAUGAUGAAUAAAGGUUCUGCA